UUUGACUCGUCAAGCGCCCCCUAUAGGAAGAGCUAGUAACUUUAGCAGGCAAUGCGGCGAAAGCGUCUCGUAACUGAAGCGCGAGUGCAGGCUCAUUUUCUCACCAUUCAUCUUCCUCAGCGGUUGGAUGCGCGGCGGGAGAGUCACAUCACUGGGCACAGUGUCAGAAAGAGGAGAUUCCAGCUGUAAUAAACAUGAAAUAACGACAGAAGAGGAAUUUAUAUCAAACGCGGCGUAUUGUUUUCUUAUCUGGGUCAGUUACAGUUUUUUCGUUGCUGAGUUCUGCUUGUAUCCCUCGAAAAACUGGGUGCAUUUUAAUGAUGAGUUUAAUAUUGCUUGCUACGUUUUCGCGAAGGAAUUAUUAGAAAAUCGUGACCAGAUCUCUCUUGUCAGACCACUUUUAACGACUGGAAUAUGGCAAAAAAUAUUGUAGACGUCCCAAGGGAUGAUUUAAGUAAGUUAUCGGAUGAAGAACUGCUUAAAUGUAGCAAAGAGGAGCUGCUUAGGAGACUCCGGAAAGUGGAUGGUGAAAAGAUCCACUUGAUGGUGGAACACGGGAACAUGAUGAAGGACGUCAACCGGAGAUUACAAGUGCAUCUUCACGAAAUACGGAGUUUGAAGGAGGUCAACCAGAAACUGCAAGAAGACAACCAGGAGCUUAGAGAACUGUGCUGUUUCUUGGAUGAUGAUCGGCAGAAAGGAAAGAAGCUGUCCAGGGAAUGGCAGAGAUUUGGCAGGCACACUGCCAGUGUUAUGUGGAAGGAGGUUGGUAUAUUCCAACAAAAACUGAAAGACCUAGAAGCCAACCAAGAGAGUAUGAUGAGAGAGAAUGUGGAGCUGAAGGAAAUCAUCCUCAUGUUGGAUGAUGAGAGGAAUGGAGCCGGAUCCAGGAGCUCCAUAGACAGCCAAUCCAGUCUGACCAAUCUGAACGGAGGUUCUGCUACUGUGAGGGAUGUUGGAGAUGGGAGCAGUACCUCUAGCACGGGUAGUGCUGGAAGCCCUGAUCACCACCACAGCCAUAUUCACAAACCUUCAGAGGGAAAGAUCAUGUCUAUCAGGAGGUCUAUGGAUGAUCUUUCAACCAACCAUUUUAUCAGAAGCAUACCGAAUGGCCUCAACGAUUCAUCUUCAAACUACAUCCGCCAACUUGAGUCUAAAGUCCAGAUUUUAGAGGAAGACAACAAGCAAUUGUUAUCCCAGCAAGGGAGCAUGGGAGAUUUGAAGACACUUCGGAAAGGGCUGUCCCUGUAUCACUCAGAGUCCCAGCUCUCCUCACUAUCCCAGUUUCAGGACACCUUACAGAAUGGAUCUACGUGGAUGCCAGGAGGUGAUCUGCUGUCCCCCGUCACCGGAUACCUGCCGGCAGCACAGAAACCAGAAGCUGUUGUACAUGCCAUGAAAGUAUUAGAAGUCCACGAAAACCUGGACAGGAAGCUCCCAGAGGACUACGAGGAGGACCUUAGUGAAAAAGAGAAAGCCAUUGUCAGAGAGAUGUGUAAUGUUGUGUGGCGUAAGCUCGGUGAUGCGGCAGGAUCCAAACCCUCCAUCCGCCAACAUCUCUCUGGGAACCAGUUCAAAGGCCCUAUGUAGCUCCUGUGUCAAUGACCAGCAGGGCCUUGAACAAACAAACAAAUCUGUGAAUAUGACGGGUGGAACAGUCAUUCUCAGAACUCAGCAACUUUGUGAAACGACACAAAGAGCUUUGCUUCUACUGCCAGCUUCUUUCAGCCGAUGCCAUUCAGUUGAGACAUUUCAAACCUAUUACUUACAACACCAGGUGGUAGUUUAAUAUAUAAUGGACUCACAAUUAGCACGAGCUAAAUCAUAGCUCUAUUUAUGUGCACACCAUCCAAGUAUUCAUACAAGGCAGCUUUAUGGAUUCAUUUCUCAUUCCAGAUAGGGAAUGAAAGCACACCGCUCUUACCCCACAGAGAUACUCCUACAAGAUCCUUUCCACUCCUAAAAGCUUUUUGAUAUUGGCAUAAGACCAUACCAUAUUAUUCAAGGAUAAAAAAAAAAAAAUAAAAAAAAAAACUUUUACGUUCAAAAGUUUGGGUUGUAAGAUUUUUUUCAUGUUUUUGAAAGAAGUCUGUUAUGAUCAGCAAGGCUGCAUUUAUUUGAUCAAAAAUACUAGCUAUAUAUUAUUACAAUUUAAAAUAAUGUGAUGGUAAAGCUGAAUUUUCAUUGUCACAGGAUCUUUCAGAAAUCAUUGUAAUAUGCUAAUAUGAUGCUCAAGACACAUUUCUUAUUAUUAGUUGUGCUGCUUAAUAAUAUCGUGGAAACUGUAACAGUUUUUUUUCAGGAUUCUUAAAAAGAAAGUUCACAAGAACAGUAUUUAUUUAAAAUACAAAUCUUUAAUGUCUUUUUUUAAAUCUUACUGACCCCAAACUUUAUACUUGUUGCAUACUGUAUAUAUUUUUGACUUGAGCCACACCCAUCACAUCAGAAUGUCACAGACUAUUAUCAUUACAAUUAAACUUAAACCUCAUGUUACUUAUCAAGUUAGCAGCCAUUAACGAUUAACAAUUUAUAUUUAUUAAUCAGUGUUAAUUUACAUAGCUGAAAAGCUUUUUCCAGGUAGUUCAUAAAUGCAAAUAACACAUUUGCUCAGGUUCCCAGAAAUACAUAGUCUAAAAUAACCUAAAAAUAUUUAGAUGGCAUAUGCAGGCCAGCUCAUGAGUUAAGCAUUUAAUUAAAGUAUAUAGUUUUUUCCAAACAGUACUUAUAAAUGCCAGCUCAACUCAAAGCAUAUUACUUUUAAGUUCCAAAUAGACAAUCGUGAUUAAUGUCGCUUCAUUUGUGUCUUUGAGCAGAUGGAGUCAAAAUUUAAUAUCAGUAUCUUUUGCAGUGCUUUUGAUUGCAUACAAGACCUUAUGGCUUUGUGGGCUCAUAAUAUAAUUGAAAGUACUGUUAAAGGAAUAAUUCACCCAAAACUGAAAAUUUGUUGAAAAUGUACUCACCCUCAAGCCAUUUGAGACGUAGAUGAAUUUGUUUCUUCAUUGGAACAGAUUUAGAGUAAACUAUUCCUUUUAAUCUGUUUUAGGUCUACAGAUUGAGUCCUAUAUGAAAAGAACUAUAUGAGAACAAUUUCAGGUUUUAAAUACUUAAUAUGCUGAAUGCAAGUAUGGAAGUGAUGCAUGUUUUCUGUUCAGCCUGAUUCCAGUUAGCAGUGUGAGGUGAGAAACUAACAUGUUAAUGGCAUAAUCUGCUAUUGGAGUUUAUAAAGUACCUCCUUCCAUUAUUCCUUUUUUUUUUUUUUUUUUACAAAGCUUAACAUUUCAGUGAAUACUGAAUUGAAUCAGACCAUAACGUAUGUGUUGAUAAAACCUGGAUAAAUUGGAAGGUUUCCAUUAUUAACAAUAAGCUUAUUUAGCUGAAUUUUGUGUAAAACUUCUAAUUCUGUUCCAUUAGCCAAGUUCAUGAGACUCCCAUGCAGGCAACAUUUUUUAUGCGCGUACUGUACAUAGCAAAGUCUUAUGAAUGAAAGUAGAGUUUUGUGUUACAAUUCGGGUCUAUUAUCUGUGUACACAAGAACUGUCUCAAAAGAUGCUUGCUGCAUUCACACAAAGCUCUUUUUUUUUUAAAAACGCGAUAAGCCAUAUUUUUUUAUUGUUUGUUUAGAUCGAAACUUUUUUGAGCAUUGGCAAAAUCCCACUGGCGAUCUACUUAUUUUUUUUUGUAUUAAAGUUGUGGAUAUUUCAUUGCAUUUGUAUAUUUAUGACAGCACUUUUACAGUGCUGGACUGAAAUCACAUUCGUAUUGGAUGUUUUCUUCUUCUUUUUUGACUGGAUGCAGCAGGUUGCUUUUGGCAGAGUGUUACUUUUUGUGUGUCCGAAGUUUAUGAGAAAAAUAUGAGCAGGAAACAUUUGAACAAGAAAAGAAAAUGAUUGCAUAUUUUUAUGAAAAGGAUACGUUGUGGAUUUGGGUCACUAAAACAGUGUAAAUAUGGUCUCUGCUAUGCUGUGAAGUGUUUCAUGUGAACACAAUACCUAAAUCAUUGCUGUUGAAGAAGUACAUGCAUACAUUAAAACUAAUUUUGAAAUCCAAUUAAAAGUGUCCUUUAGAAACAGAUCUAGAUUGCACAACUACUGACUUUUUUUUUAUUAUUUGUUAAGUUUAAGGCUCAAAAGAAUCUGAAAUGCUGAUAUUUUCCUAUUUUCUUUUCAAAUGCACUGCUUCUUUUGUGGAUGGGGAUUUGAUGUUUGAAUCUUUCCUGAAAUUCAAUGUUCUGUGUAGCUCAUCUGUAUGUAAAACACACAUGAAGUUGUAUUCUAGCCAGGACAUACAAUUCAGCACAAUGUAAAUAGAAUACCUGUAACUAGCAUGCAUUUAUAUAUUUUUAAUAAGCUGUAUGUAGCUGAGAAUGGACCUGUAUUUUAGCUAAUAAAAAAAUGUAAAUAAAUUGCAUAUAACCCUCUUGUAGAUUUGAAAUAAAACAGAAUCCUCUUUG